AGUGUGGGGAGGGUGGUUGCGCCCCCGGGGGGGGCUCCGCUGGUGGCGACACCGUGGGGCAGCGGGGCCCGGGGGAGCCCUCCGGGCUGGCGGGGGCGCGGGGGCGGUGCUCCCGCCGGCAGCCGGGACUUCCUGUGACAGCCCAUUUCCUGGUCGGAUGGGGCCGGCGGGGGUUGGCGGCGGCGGCGGCGGCGGCGGGGUCGGUCCCUGACGGGCUCGGUGGCCGCCGGGAGCUCCGCCAGGCAGCGAUGCGGGCCCCGGGCCCUGCCGGCAGGCGGCCCCCGCCGUGACCCGCCGCGGGCAGCCGGUGGGGCUGCGGCAGGCCGGCCCUGGGCGCCGCUGAGGGGGUGCAUGGAGGCACCCCCCGCCCGCGGAGAGGUGUGAAUCCCCCGGAGGACAGCGCGCCUGCUCUGCUCGGCCCCACAAGGCGAGCGGCCCCGGAUCCCCCUCGCCGGCCUCGGCCGGGCAGCUGGAGGAACAAGGAGAGGGGGCUUAGGACCAUUAAAAAUAGCAUCGCCCCCCCCAGAACCAGGCAGCUGCUGCCUCCUGAGACAUGAAGAAGUUUUUCGACUCGCGGCGGGAGCAGGGUGGCUCUGGCCCUGGAUCGGGCACCAGCGGCGGUGGCGGUGGCAGCGGUGGCCCGGGCAGCGGGUACAUCGGCAGGGUGUUCAGCAUCGGCCGGCACCAGGUGACGGUGGACGAGGUGCUGGCGGAAGGUGGAUUUGCAAUCGUGUUUCUUGUGAGGACUAAUAAUGGGAUGAAAUGUGCCCUGAAGCGGAUGUACGUCAAUAACGAGUAUGACUUGCAAGUCUGCAAAAGAGAAAUCCAAAUCAUGCGGGACCUAUCUGGCCACAAGAACAUUGUCGGAUACAUUGAUUCCAGUAUAAACUCGGUGAGCAGUGGCGAUGUGUGGGAAGUGCUGAUACUAAUGGACUUCUGUCGAGGAGGUCAAGUGGUGAACCUCAUGAACCAACGCCUGCAGACAGGGUUCACGGAGAACGAGGUCCUGCAGAUCUUCUGUGACACCUGUGAAGCUGUAGCCAGGUUGCAUCAGUGUAAAACGCCAAUAAUCCACAGGGACUUGAAGGUUGAAAACAUCCUGCUGCAUGAUCGUGGCCACUAUGUCCUGUGUGACUUUGGAAGUGCUACUAACAAAUUCCAGAACCCUCAAACAGAAGGGGUGAAUGCGGUAGAGGAGGAGAUCAAAAAGUACACUACAUUAUCCUACAGAGCACCAGAAAUGGUCAACCUGUAUAGUGGCAAACUUAUUACUACAAAAGCAGACAUAUGGGCCCUUGGCUGUUUACUGUACAAGCUGUGUUACUUCACCUUGCCAUUUGGGGAGAGUCAGGUGGCAAUCUGUGAUGGCAAUUUCACCAUUCCAGAUAAUUCUCGGCACUCGCAAGACAUGCACUGCCUCAUCCCCACAAUCUUGACUAACACAGAGUUGGAUGUGUUUGCAGAGCAGCCUGGAUAUAUGCUUGAGCCAGACCCUGAUAAGAGACCUGAUAUUUAUCAGGUCUCCUACUUUGCAUUCAAAUUGGCGAAGAAGGAGUGCCCAGUCCAGAACGUCCAGAACUCUCCAAUCCCUGCUAAACUCCCAGACCCAGUUAAAGCAAGCGAAGCUGCUGCAAAGAAGAGUCAACCAAAGGCCAGGCUGACAGAUCCCAUCCCUACAACAGAAACCUCCAUAGCACCCCGCCAGAGGCCCAAGGCAGGACAGACACAACCCAACCCUGGAAUUUUGCCCAUUCAGCCAGCCCUGACGCCCAGGAAGAGGCCCACGGCUCAAGCAGCCAUUCAGCCGCAAGUUGCAGGACCUGCUGCCCUGGGCAGUGCUCAGCCUUCGCUCCCUGCAAGCGUCCCCCAGCAAAAAGCAGCACCCCAGCAGACUCCGGCACAGCCACAAGCCAAGCAGGCACCAGCUCCGCAGCAGGCCUCACCGGCGCAGCCCCAGGUCCCUUCUACUCAGCCACAAGCCACACCUCAGCACCAACAGCAGCUCUUCUUGAAGCAGCAGCUUCUGCAACAGCAGCAGCAGCAGCAACAGGCUGCGUAUUACCAGCAGCAGCAGAUGAUGCAAGCUCAGCAGUUCCCAGUGAUGCAGCAAGGAGCGCCAGCACAGCAACAGCUGAUGCAGAACUACUACCAGCAGCAGCAACAGCAGCAGCAGAUGAUGGCCCAGCAGGCAGCAAUGCAGCAGAAGACGGCAGCAGUUCAGCAAAAGCAGCAAGCCCCGGCACCGCCGCAGCCCCAAGCCCAGCAAAGCGCGGCCCAGCCGGCGCAGCCACAGGAGCAAGUGAUGCAGGCACAAAUGAGGCAACAGCAAAAACCCCAAACCACACCUCCCCCAGCAGUGCAAGGACAGAAGCUAGGCUCUCUCACCCCUCCAUCCUCCCCCAAGACACAGCGUGCGGGACACAGGAGGAUUCUGAGCGACGUGACCCACAGUGCGGUUUUUGGAGUUCCAGCAAGCAAGUCUACUCAGCUCCUGCAGGCAGCUGCUGCUGAAGCCAGUCUCAACAAGUCCAAAUCUGCUUCCACCACACCCUCGGGUUCCCCAAGGACCUCACAGCAGAAUGUCUAUAACCCGCCUGAUGUCUCCACGUGGAAUCCGUUUGAUGAUGAUAACUUCUCCAAACUCACAGCUGAGGAGCUGCUGAACAAGGACUUUGCAAAGCUAGGUGACGGGAAAGCUCCAGAAAAGAUGGGCAGUUCCACAGAGAACUUGAUUCCGGGUUUCCAGCCGGCUUCAUCUGCAACCCAGGCGGAUGCGUUUGGUGGCUCUUCCUUCACUGCUGGAUCAGCUGAAAAAACGAAAGACAUUCUGAGUUUGGACACUAGCCCUCCUCUUCUGACUGUGCCUGAUCCUUUCAUUCCUCUCCCGUUAUCCGACACGCCAGAAAAACUGAUUGAGGGACUCAAAUCUCCUGAGACUGCGCUUCUGCUCCCUGAUAUCCUGCCUCUCGCUGACCCCUUCGGUAGCACAUCAGACGCUGUGAAUGGAAAACCUGAUGUAGCUGUUGAGAGUCUCAUACCGGGCCUCGAGGCUCCGCUGCCCCAGCGCCUUGUGUCCCAGACCGAGUCGGUUGCCUCCAACAGAACAGACUCUCUCACUGGGGAAGACUCUCUGCUUGACUGUUCUCUGCUUUCUAACCCUGCUGCUGACCUCUUGGAUGAGUUUGCUCCUGUAGCUUUUGCAGCUCAGCCUCACAAAGAAGAUACUAACCUGAUAUCAGGCUUUGAUGCUCCUGAGGGCUCUGAAAAAGUGACAGAAGAUGAGUUUGACCCAAUUCCAGUGUUGAUAUCCAAAAAUUCACAAGGUGGGCAUUCUAGAAACAACAGUGGAAGCUCUGAGUCCAGUCUUCCCAACAUAGCCAGGUCUUUACUGCUGGUGGAUCAGCUCAUAGACCUGUAGCAGUGACACAGUAGCAGACGCAGUUUCUGUAACGUACCUAAUCCUCCAUUUUCAUUUCCAGAAGAGUUACCUUCAGUUGUGGUUCUUUUGGGCUUUUUGUUUGGUUCUGUUUUUGGUGGUUUUCUUUUUUUUUUUUUCUCCUCCUUAAUUAAAAGAAAAACAAAUCUGCCAACAGGAGACAGUCACCCACCUUUCUCCCUCUCUUCCCAUGUCCUGGGAAAGAUUGUCUCACUUCUCCAGGUAGUCCUCUCUAAAGCUGGGAAAAACCUGUUGUGGUUCCUUCUGCACCUGUCUUUAAUAGCCUGUGUCUAAAGGGAGCACUGUCCUUAGCCACCCCGCUGAGAUGUACACAUAGCACCAUGGAAAGCCUAACUGUAAAUGAAUUGGACAAUUGUAGCUGAUGUGUGAUCCCUGCAUACAACAGACUUCUUUCUCCUUAGAGUAGUGCGUGAACAGUUGCGUUUCAACCUUUCUGUUUGUGUUUUUGGGUUUGGUUUUUGUUUUGUUCCUGUUUCCUGAUGAAUGGGCAGGAAGAAAGGGACAGGUGAAACCGGUAGGGAUGUCCCUCUCCUGCAGAAUACAGGUUAGGAGAGCUGAUGUUUCUAAAUUGCCAGUAAAUGCUUCAGAGGAGGAGAAAGCACCAAAUACCUCUGAAGUAGUCUUGCCUCUGGUGAUGGUGCAUAUGAAGAGAGUUUUCCGGACUGCCCCCAGCUAAUGGUUUGCUGUUUAACAAUACUGCUUAUGAAUGAACUGCGCUUCCUUGGGGGAGGGGAAAAAAAAAAAAAAAAAGAAAAAAAAAAGAGAAAAAAAAAAACAAAACCCGAUUGAUAAAGCUGCAAAAAUGACCCUAAGUGAAAUAUAACAAGGUUUUGAACCAAAUACAUGUGAGUAUGGCUGUGACUAGCAUUUUGUUCACCUUUUUUGGAUGAAAAGGGCAUUGUGGCAGCAGCAGAUGUAUUUUCUGUGACUUCUUUUCUGUGUUUGACUGGAAAAAAAGAAAACCCCCCAACCUACUGUAAAUUGUGUAUGAAACAAAUUGUCCUACGGUUGUUUGUCUAUUUUUAAUCCUGGUUUUAGUCAAGCAUCUGGUAUCUGUUCUGGGUUCCCCAUUUUCUCUUGUAACUGCAUAUAGUGCAAACCAGUUAAGUAUGGAACCAUUUGUUUCAGUAGACGAAGAUUACUGUGGACUUUAUUCCACUCUUCAGUCUUUGUGGAACAAGCAUGCACUUGAUUCAGAUGGUUUGAAAUAAGUGCUGCUACAACUUGAUGGGUUUUACCUUUUCUUUUUCCCUUCACAUGCUUAGUUUGUCAACUAGCUGGAUACGCUAAACUUGUUUUCAUUGGCUUAUGGUCAUGAAGUCCGGAAUUUCUAUCUUGUAUUUGAAAGCUCUUUCUGAACAGAAGGACUCUUCCUCUGUAGUGGAAUAAUUAAUAGCUUACUGCUAACCUUGUGUAUGUGUAUGUAGCUGUAUUAGUAAAAGUGCAGUUUCCCAUGUGCGAAAGUAUGAACGACUGAUAUUGUAUGUACUGACCUCUCGCUAAGAAGGAAAGAAAUCAAAGUUCAUGACUACUCCUUCCCUAUCUCCAGUCUCUCCGCUAUUCCCCCACCCCAACACUUAGUUUAACAAAUUCUGUAAAUAGAACUACCAUCGAUUGUGUCUGCUCUACAUUACUCUUCUUUUAAAACCUACACUUAAUAAUAAAAGUAUUGCUUAAGUGUGUUGUAUCAUUACAUGUGUAUACUGCACUUUCCAAGAGAAGCUUUACAUGAGAACUAUGGAAAUGACCUUAGUAAAAUUGUGGAUAGAACUUUAUUAUUUUUUUGUUUUAUAUUCCUAAAGCACAGGCAAGCUGGACUGGAAAACAUGAAGACGCUAUAGAUAGAAAGUUAUUGUAUAGUCAGAUAUUGAGAUUAUAUGAAAAGAGAAUGGAUUUUAAAAAGUAACCAUCUACUGUAUAUUAGAAACAAAGAUUUCUGUGAAUUAAAGUACUUUUAAAGAAUGUUUAAGAUUUUAAAUCUAAUGGCACUUGUUCAAGGGUUCUGGAAAAAAAUUAUAAAUGCACUGGGAUGUUAAUAAUGCUAUUAAAUAAGCAGAUGUGAAUGUUUAUUUUAUUGCUUUUUCAAGUAGCUAUUCAUGGAUCUGGGUGGGAAAUAUGAUACAAUGGAAGCAUACAUUUUUAGAGAUAUCAAUUAUCUAGACCUCCUUCAUCAGAAAAUACUUGCUUCUUAUUUGUGGAAUGAAUGGAAAAUGCAAGAGAUAAAAUGAGUGGAUAUUUGGGAUUAAUUUUAAGCUCUCCAAAAAAUGUGCCUGUCCUACGGGUGUUACAUUAGUGUUGGGAUGCUGCCCAAAAGUUGAGGAGCUUGUGUGAAAGCCGCUGCUGUGAAGGAGCAAACUGAACUUUCAUCCAGAGUCCGCAGGGGAGACGUUUGGCACCAGCAUUCCCCAAAUGGCGUGCGCAUGUUUCUCUGCUAUAGCUAGGACUGGAACCUCGUUUGAAGCCAUGGGAGAUGUUUCUGUCCCCUCGUAAGGGUCGUAGGGUCAGGUGUUGUUAAGUUGCAUAAUGCAAACCUAGAGUCAGCAAAAUCACAGCAGUGUGAUUCUCCUCUCUGCCUGGUAUGUGCUGUUUGUUCAGGUCAGGAUGACAGAGGAGCCUUUCUGCCCUAACAGGCUGGAGCUUGUAGUAGUGUUCUUGGCAUUAACUAUGUUGAUGGAUCCUCCAGAUAGGAUACUACAAAUGCGAUCACAAUGCAGAAAGCAAUUUCAUUUUGAGCCAAGGCUGUGCUUUGGAUGCCAGAAUAAACUCUGGUUCUGGGGUGGCAAGAUGUUCAAAUGAAUAGUUGGAACUUAGAUGGUGGUUCUCACUUACUCUGAGGGGUCUUGGGUUUUGAACUGCCCCUGCCUUUGGAAAUCUCCCCAGUUCCUCUUUUAACUGGAUGAGCACAAGUGUUGCACCCACAAUUCAGAGAUCAGCAAAUACGUACUGGAUCUGACAAUAUCCACUCUCUUGGGAGCAUCUGUCCCAAAACGAGAAGGUGCUGCUGCAGCUUCCUGAUUUCUGGCUGCUCAAGUCUUCAUGGGGUCCCUUGGGACUUGGACAAGCAUGAAGGACUUGGCCAGGGCUGCAGGCACUCUUCAACCUGCUGGAGAUGUCUGAGACAUGGGUGGAAGAAUCUUGGCACUGAUGGCUUUGUGGCAGACCUGCAUCCUCUAACAGCCCAUUUACCACAAGUGAAUGGCAGCUUGAGUGAAUCUCGGUGUAGAGCACAAUUAUUUUUAGAGGGGGCUUCUUGUAAAUGAAUGAUGAUGGCAUUCUUCAGCCAAAAGCUUGCAGGAUAUCGCCCCCAGUGGCUUUAAAAAAAUUACUGCAAUGAAAGUUCACAUGCAAUUCAGACCAAAGACAGAGUUCAGCAAGUUUUGGGGUAUCCAAGCAAACAUAAAACGUGGAGCAUGUGGGCUUCUGACUAUAGAAACCGUCAUCAAGCGCAGAGCUUGCUACAGUAGCAUCUAAAGCAUGUGUGUGUCUGUAUGGAGUAAGGUAUUUUCAUUUUGGCCAAACAUUUUCUAGUUCAGGAACUCAUGGGAAUCGGUCAGAGUUGGGAAGUAGCUGGCAUGGAUGUGGGGGAAGUGUGACUGAUGUGGAGGAGUGUGCUAAUGAAUGAGAUUUAUUGGUUAACUCCAUUACCGGUACUCAGGUGAGACGAGUUCCCAUGAUUUCUCUUUGCUGAGAAGUGUGUGGGCACUGCACGUAGAAAAACUGCAUCACUCCAGCAGGAAACACAGACUUGAGGGGCGAGGGGGGAAGUGGGGUUUUGUAUUUAUUUUUUUUGUUCCUGUGUAGUCUGUUUCCAUAACUGAAAGAUGUUGAGCUCUGGGGAUUGCCGUGCCUACGUGUAGGAGCGCAGACUCCACACGCAGCAUCUGAUCUCAUUGUUCCCUGGGAGGAAGGGUGGGUUGCCUGGCUGGGGUUGUUUUAAGGACAUUCCUGAUGUGUGAGACUUGUGCUCCUGUCCUGCACAGGGGAGAAGUUUAACCCCUAGAAAUUCACCUUUACGUUUUUCUUAGUCACAGACUGCAUCUUGAAAAUGACUUGCAUCUGUAACCCUUGGCUUGCAUACAGUACAAAUGAGAGGAAACCCAAAUGAUGCUGUUAGUCUCCAGUUGGUCAGUCUUGUUUGGAAACUGCUGGAAUAUGGUGUGUGGGGUUAGUGCGUUUAACGUGGGUCCUGUCUCACUUUGCACAGUGCAAAUUGACUGUACAAGUGUGCCAAAACUAGAACAUUAAAUUCCUUAUCUUCUGGAGCUGAAGAACCCUAGAUCUGCUCCCAGAUCUGCUGCUGCACAGUGACUUUGGGCAGAAAUGCUUAAUUCUGCUGUCUGCAUUGAUUAGUGACCUAGUAAUUGUGAUGCUGACCUUUGGUGUUCUGCUUUGUUACCUCCUCAUUGAAAGCACUCUCGGGGGGUAGUUCUGUAUUGUUAUUUAAUGAUAUUGCUUCUAGGAAUUGCAAUACAGGGAAAAAACACCAUUUCAAGAAUGAAGGAAUAAGAAGUCUUUGACCCUUUUAAAAUGUCAAACUAAUAAUCUUGCAUACUAGUAAUUGUGCUGAUUUUUAGCUACCCAUUCCCAUAUGUUGUGACCUUCCUGACUUUGGCUUGAUGAAAUCAGGAGAGUUAUUUGGUGGAAGAGUAGCUUUAGACUCUAUGAAUGCUUUUGUCUCCCCUGACUUUCUUUUCUUUUUUGGGCUCUGCUCCAGAAAUGAGAUCAUCAUCUUGGUGACUCCUCUGCCUCCCUGCAGCCCCCUGUAAUAGGGAGAAUAAAUCUUUUAUAGCUUUUCUGUCAGUUAUUUCACUACUUUGCCACUUCAAUGCACUGUUUUCCUUAAAAGAUGGGGGAACUUAAUGUGUCAGUGCUGUAACUCAAGGGUAAAUGGUCAUCAGAUUUGCUGUCUGAAUACAUGCAAGGUGUACUCCUGGGGUACCAAGUUUUAUUACUAAGGUUCUCCCUGCACAAAGGGAGCCUGAGUAUAGUUUAGGAAUUGGUUAUUUAGUAUGUAUACCCAAUCCUGGAAUAAAUAAUUAUGCAUGAAUGUUGUACAGGGGUAGGGAGAAACCUCCUCUAUAAACUCCAGCUUCUGGAAAGAUUUUAUGCAGUAAAGCUUACAGUUGUUAGGAGUGUGCAUGCAUUAAAACCUGAACAUUAACUGAAAACCUGAGGGAAUGCUUCCUCAUGAAGUCCCGCACAGAUCUCAGGAGGCCAGAGGAGGAGGGGACAAAAGAGGCAGCUGCCCAUUGACGGUGUCCAUCUUGGCAUAGGCAGAUGUGAGGAAAUGCUGCCUCUGCAGAAGAGGCAUCUCUUUUUGCGUGAGGGGUUGUCAGUGCUUCGCGUGUUGAUUCGAGCAAACCAUCUGCCUGUAUCUUUUCAGGCCUCUUGCGUAGCGUGCCCUGGGUGCGAAUGGGAGCCGAGUCACUGCAGAGAAGGGGCAGGGCUUCAAACAAAAAGGCACUCUCUUAGUUUCAGGAGAUUUGUCCUUUACCCUCGUGCUGUUACCAGCUUGUGGAGCGAUGCUUUCUCUCCUUUAGUGUAACACAGAACAAAACUGCCAUGCUUUUUCAUGUGAAACCAUCCCUGGAGUGCCUCAGUCCUGCUGGUCUCUGAUCUCAGGCCUGCCGAAGCAUCCAUCGGUGCUGGCUAACUUAAAUUCUCUGUUGUCCUAAAAGUUACGCAGCAUGAGCCUCUGAAACAUUCGUCUUCAAUGCCUGGAGCUAUGGCUGCUUAUGGGAAUGCACCGACCUUGUCUCGUUAGCUCUAACCUGACCUUUACACAAAGGGGUUUGGGUUUUUUUGUUUUGAUUGCACAUUUUGGUGGCUAAGCAUAGCUCAAACCUUUUUUAACAUAUGAGACUAACACCUGUGAGAGGAGAUGUCUAAGCCACUGUCUAAUUAGACAUGCACCCAGAUGUUAGCUAAAGUAAAAUGCUGGCAUGAUGUUGUCUGGCUUGUAGUGAUGCUGCCAUAGCUCCUUCUGGGACUGUCCCGUUGCUUUCUGCCAAAGGAGACAAACUGAGGGAACCCAAGAAACAGGGGAAAGAAAGAGAUCAGUUACUGUGGGAUGGUGUCUUCCCUCUUCAUCAGAAAAAUAGAACAUGGGAGUGUAGAUGGUGCUCUUCCCACGUUAGUGAAUCCCCGAAAAUUCCCAGGUUAUCCUCUGCAUUUUACUAUCACUGUGCCGUUUUUGUUGUUUCCAAGUUAUCGGAGCCCUUCCCUUCUUGCUGUAUUGCCUAGCAGCUUUGCCUGAAACCAGCUCCUGACUGAAGGCCGGAACAAGCUCCUAGCUAAGCAUCGCUUCACUUUUAUCUCCCAGAGUAAUUCACAACUCCUGUUCUGGCUUUAGCAAGGGAGGAAACUGCUUCCAAGCAUUCGGUGCCCUUCUUGCUUAUGAUGGGCAGAGAGAGAGCAAGAAAGCAUUGGAGAAAGUAAUUUUUCUGAAACUAGAGCAUUCUGCCUAUCAUACAGUGCCCCAAAUUCAGACACACAUGCUGCUCCUGUCCUAAGCAAACGGGUUUAUAUCCUGUCAACCCUUCUCUUGCCCUGUCCUGGAUGGCACCACUUACACAAACACCUACUAACGCAAGUGACUCUGUAAAAAGAAAAUUCUGAUCAAAUAACUUUUGUGCUGUUCUGGUGAAAAGUGGGUCAUUGGUUUGCAUUGGCAUAAUGGUCACUGUGAUAAAUGCCGCCUUCCUUCCUUUGUUUUCCUGUACACUGUAUUUCAGUGAGGACUGGGUAAUUCAAAGGCAUUUGCGUGAUGUGGCAACCAGUCUUGCUCUGCUUCAGCCUGUAUUCUCAAAAUCUCACAAUAAUACCUGGUAAAUAUAUAACCAGCCUUCUGGAAGAAAACACCACAGACGUACUGUUCCCGUAAUCUGAGAUUAGCAUCUAAGGUUAAACUAUUGCUGACAACAUAAGCUUCAGGAAAGAUAGAUAGUAUUUUUGUAGAGUAAUUUACAAAAUGUUCACAUAUCUACACUGUCUUUAUUUAGCAGUGUAAUGUAUCUAAGUGAAUAGUUUCCCAAUAAACACCGAUUUUGAUGCCUAA